AUGUCUAGGUCGGCCUCUCAAUCCUCGAGCGCUUCAUCCUCGUCCUCGUCCGAUGCGGAGACAGAAUUCGGAUCCCGUGUGCAGGUGGACAUCGGAGAGCAGCACGUAACGGCUAGUCUUUGCAUGCACUGUAAUAGGAUGGGAAAGACCAAGCUUCUCUUUGUCGACAUACCCAAGUUUCAGCAAUGCAUAGUCUCGAGUUUCAGAUGUAGGCACUGCGGUUUUAAAGGCCGUGACGUCCAACAAGCAGCAGACAUCCAAGAUAGGGGCGUCGAGGUUACCUUAGUGAUCCAAGCCGAGGAGGAUCUUAGCCGAGGAGUAAUCAAGUCUUCCACGGCAUCUCUAGCCCUUCGGGAGCUGGGGAUAGAGCAGGAGCCGCGGCCCAUGUCGGGUCUCUACACGACAGUAGAGGGCGCUCUCCAGCAAAUAGCGACAAACUUGCUUGCUCUGCAGCCGGAGCGUCGUCUUAAGGCCCCUGAGGCCGCGGAUAAGAUAGACGAUGUGAUCUUGAAGAUCAAUAACGUGCUUCAGCUGAAGACUCAAUGCACUCUGGUUCUUCGAGAUCCCUCUGGUAAUUCCUACAUUGAGCCGCUCGUUGGUCGCCAGACAGGUGAUCUGGACAGAAACCUAACCGUCCGGCGCUUCCAGCGCACCAAGGAAGAGGCACAGCUACUGGGAAUAAGUCCGGAACAGGAGCAGGUGAUUCAGCGGCAAGCUGCGGGCUCUGGGGUCUCACGAGUUGAUGAGCGUAAGCUCGAGGAUGUUACGCUACUUUUGGACACAGCUCCGGAGGACAUGCCAGUGAUGGCGUUACCGACAAAGUGCCCUGCCUGUAGCGAGGAGAUACUGAACAAAUCGCUCCUCAUCAGCAUACCCUAUUUCAAGGAGUGCCUCUUAAUGUGCAGCGCCUGCGACAAUUGUGGGUUCAAAUCCAUAGAAGUGAAGUCUGCGGGCGCAAUCCCGCCACAUGGCGCUCGUACAACAUUUACAUGCACGGCCAUUGAGGACGGAGACAGCGGAGACUUGAGUAGAGACGUCCUGAAGUCAGAUAGCUGCUCCCUCGAGAUUCCAGAGCUCGGCCUCAGAUUGGAGCCAGGAACGCUAGGCGGCGUGUAUACGACGUUGGAGGGUCUGCUCCGCAUAAUGUACGACGAGCUGAAAAGGCAUAGUGUCUUCUGGCUGGGUGAUGGCAGCUCGUCCGCAGAACAACGGGAGCGGUGGAGCUCGCUGCUUGUGGGGCUGCAAGAAAUGGCGGAUGGCAAGCGAGGGUUCACUAUCAUCAUAGACGAUCCCCUUGACGCCUCUUUCAUCAAGAACGUCUACGCGCCUGAUGAUGACCCUGCCCUUAAGGUUGAACACUACCAAAGAACCGCAGAGCAAGAUGAUGAAUAUGGGCUAACAGGAAUGGACACGGAGAGGUUCGAGAAGUGA